CAGGAAUAUUGAAAUCAUGUUUGAAGUCUGGCAAAAAACCUCGGCGUUCUAUAAAAAUUAUUAUGCGUCCUGAAAUACAUUAUUUUGAAAUUGAAGAAGGCAAUAAACUUAAUAGAUGCAAUGUCAAAGAUCUGCCUCUGAACUGGCAAGAAAAGAAAAAAUCUAUGCCAGCCAUUUGUUCGCAAACUGCUUCUAUAAAUAAAGUUGAAAAUAUUGAUAAUGUUAUUGCUCUCAUAACAACUUGGAAUCCAACAUGGCUUUAUGAACAGAAAAAUAAUCCAGCACUUCCACCAUUACUCAAAGAUACACCGUAUAAGCGAUCCCCAUUGUUACACUCAUAUAGUAGUUAUUCUGAUUAUGAAAGAACAAUAAUGCCUUUAAUGAUAGAUGAACUGUGGGCAAUAGUUUCUAAAGAAUGGGAUAAUCGAGAAUAUCACCUGAUUGUUAUAAGUAAAACGGAUUACGAAAAAAGUAAUCAUCCUAGAGAAGGUGACUAUAUAGUUAUGGGCCUCGUUCAAAAUCCUGGAUCAAGCACCUCUCAAUCUUCUAGUGAAAAGAAUACAACUAAUAUUCGAAAAAGAUUUGCAUUUGUGAAUAUUGCGAAAAAAGUAAUUGCAAGAGAUCAGGAUGUAAAUGAAAGCCUAU